GAAGGUCCGGGUCACCUGAGCCUACCUUUGUAUUUUCGCCACGGAGGACUUCAAUCUCUGUAUACACCAACUGUGGUAGAGCGUGCGUCGUCGGAGAUGUGCUAUUGGUUCUUUCUGGUUCACACCAUCCAUCGGUGAGUGCGAAGUCUGGCGAUGAGAAGAAGGAUGGAGUUUCUAGCCAGAUGCCGCAUGGAUCGAACGUGUCGGGGUAGCUUACUCCGUCUAUCUGGACUUUCCAAGGAAUUCUGAGCUGGAGAAGACUGCGCUGUUUCCUGGCUUUCGAACGGCUGGAUCUUGACUUCGUCGCAUUCUGGCAACUUCACAGAAUCAUGGCUACCGCUUUCACACCAGAUAGUCUAUGGCAUCAGCUCGGUCAAGUACCACCGCUGACAUUUCGAAACAUCACCGCCGGGAUUCUCGUGCUCAUCCUGCUUCACAUCUUCUUCAAGGUCGUGUACAACCUCUACCUGAACCCCUUAGCUGGUUAUCCGGGUCCAAAGCUCUGGGCCAUCUCUCGUCUACCAUGGAAUCGCGCAAACAUGAAGGGUCGGAUCAGCUGGAAGAUCCGGGAGCUUCACGACAAAUACGGCCCGGUUGUGCGCAUCGCGCCUGACGAGCUCUCUUACACGACUUCGGGAGCGUGGAAGAAGAUAUACGGACAGCGAAACCCUGAGUUCGUGAAGGCUCUUGACGGUAGAGGUAUCGCGCCUGCGAGUAUAGGUGGCCAACGUAGCUUGAUGACUGAGCAUCAAGAUCGACACUUGAGGUUGAGAAGGGCUAUCGAUCCGGCUUUUAGUCAGAGAGCACUACGCGAACAAGAGAGCUACUUCCAAGACCAUUCGGAUAACCUCGUCCAGAAGCUCAAGGAACGAAGCAAAGAUGGACCCGUCGACAUGACUACAUGGUACAAUCUUGUCGCAUUCGAUAUCGUAUCCGAUCUGGCUUUCGGCGAGCCAUCAGGCUGCGUCAACAAUCCCGAGCAACCCUGGAUCCAAGCCAUUCUCGCUCGCGCGAAAGCCAUCGUCUGGUUCCAGCUUGCCGUCCAGUACGGUUUCAUGAGUCUACUCAUCUGGAUGACCCCUAGAUACGUCACUGAAUCAAGGAAGAAGCAUAUUGCUAUGACGGAAGCGAAGUUGAAGGCGCGCGUUGAUGCCAAGAACCCUGGCAAAGAUUUCAUGUCAUACAUCCUCGAGAACGACGAGAAGCUCAACCAUCUCGAACUAGUGAUGCUCUCCUCCAACUUCAUCGUAGCCGGCAGUGGCACAUCAGCAGGCGGCAUGUCUGGUCUGACAUAUCUUCUACUUCGAAAUCCAGACAAACUUGACAAGCUGAAGCAAGAGAUACGCGGCCUGUUCAAAAGCCGCGCAGACAUGACUCUCCAGGCAGUGACAAGCUGCAAGUAUCUGCGCGCCUGCCUCAACGAAGGCAUGCGUCUCUACCCACCAACACCAGGCUCACUGCCACGCUUUGUCCCUGGCAAGGGCGAGAUGAUUGAGGGCAAAUGGGUUCCUGGUGGUUAUGCUGUUGCUGUCAAUCAGCUGGCAGCUGGACACUCUGAGCGUAACUUCAAGAAGGCUCGUGAGUUCCAUCCGGAACGCUGGCUAGAUGACGCACCCGAAGAAUUCAAGGACGAUGACCGUUCCGCUGUUCAGCCGUUUUCGUACGGUCAGAGGGCUUGUAUCGGACGUUCUAUGGCUUAUGCCGAGAUGUCGCUUACGAUGGCGAAACUGGUACGGUUCUUUGACUGGGAACUUUAUGAUCCUGGUAAUGACUGGUGGAACAAGCAGGGUACCUACUUGGUGUGGGAGAAGCUGCCUCUGUUGGUCAAAUUGACGCCUGUGUCUGAUCUGGAUGGAUAGUGAUCGCUGGCAAUGCAGCCUUGGAUGUGCUUCUGAUAACGAUAUAUUGCAUGUAGUAAUAUAGAUAGCGAAUUAUCGUAGAUAUAGCCACGAUAUGAUCCAAAUCGGACUUGUAUUGUGAACGGG